CGGCUUACCAUUAGACAUAGGAGUUCUGACUAUGGUCCGUGGAAUGUAGGUGCAAACCAUGCACUCACUAAACGAGUAGCCUUGGGUCCUACCUUGCUUAGCUUGGUGUAUUAGCCUUCAAAUUUUUAUACCAUGAGCUUUUCGAUAGAUGACCAGCUCACAUGGCGAGUGACGCCCGAAAAUCCCGUCCGUGAGGUGGCGGGCAUGGACUGGGAACGUUGUGCAGCUUUACAUAAUCUGAUCGUCCACUUGGGUUGGACAGGUAUGGGCAACUCAGACCUAGAUAUGCCAACUACGACGUGGUGGCAGGCAAAAGUCACGGAUAACUUGCUCGAAGAAGAGUGGUCAAGACGGCUGUCGCCAUCCCUGAAGCUGUUUCUCCAAACAGCCUACGAUACACCUCAUGAGCAUUUCUUCUACUACGCCAACUUCGUGGUUGGAGUACACGAGGAAGAAGACUUUAUUUUGCGACUGUAUCAGAUGACUAAUUUGAAUCUCAGUGGCCAUCGAGAUGGUUUGAACUUCAACCAAAAAACGUCCCGAGCCAUCUUUUGCAGCGAUGUCUUGGACUCGUUAUCCACAACCAAUGGUCGUAUGGAAUGGGAUCCUCUCGAGGUUGUCUUAACUGCCUGGCUGGAUAUGAUUGACACAGGCAAGGUGAUUGUGAGAUCCGAAGGCACAAGCACCAGAGGGCCAUGGGAGUGCACACCCUGGGAACUGCUGCCAUACAGCGAACAUGACUUAACGCAUUCUAUCAACUCUUUCAACAACCUAAUAACGAGGAUCGAAUGUCUGCUUGAAGAACCAUCUCUUCGGCCACUAGACAACCUUGAUGAUCAACUAAGGCUUCUUGAGGCUUGCACAGCCAAACUCAACCAGCCUGUCUCACAAGAGCUGUCUGGUCUCGUCUCCCAGGAGGUUUUGGACAGGCUUCCCAUACCAGAGGGAUUCUUUCGCAGGUUUCUUCUCCAAGUUCGUCGACCAAAGAAUAUCCGUUACAUAGCACCCGGCCUACGUCUCCCCACCCCGAGCGAUUUCGCGUCCUAUCCAUUCCAGAACUUCCAAAUACCCGAUUCAAUGGAGUACGACAAUCCAGUUCUUCCAGUGCCUCUCUUUAUCUCGGAUAUCAAGUCCUCAACACCACUCCUUGGUUAUCCUUUCCAUGAAGCCUCUAAUUUAACCCAUGGACUUUGGAUGGAGUAUUGUAACAGAGACGCUCAUCAUACUUUCGAAGACGCCUGUCGUCUAUAUCUACCAUUCGAGCUUGGCGCGAAUGGAUUUGCUCGCCUUACUGAUGAUUCGUUGGUGGGCGAGAAUCAAGAAGAUCAUGCCAUGGCAAGGCCUAGUGGCCGAAAGAACGAGCUGUACCAGCCAGGAUAUUGUCAUUUCAUUCCUUGGCAUGGACCGCAGCUUGGAAAUGUACUGGAGCUGUGGUCGAAUCUGGUGGGAUUGGGAGAAUGGGUUGUGGGCGAAGAGGGAGUUUUGGGUGGCAUCGAGAAGUUCAGGGAGGCUGAUACAGAGGAACAUUCACACAAGUACCAGAUUUUUACUAAAUGGUGAAGAUGUACAGUCACUUCCAAUUGCUGGUAUCUCUUAUUCCCAUUCUAUUUGUAGCCUUACGCAAUUGCCCAACCACCUAAACUGGUUCCGGUCAA